AUGGGCCCCUGUACCGCCUCCUCAUGCUGCUGCCAGGUCCAGAGUGUGUCAUGGGCCCCCGUACCGACUCCCUCAUGCUGGCUGCCAGGCCCGUAAUCUGUCAUGGGCCCCUGUACCGCCUCCCCAUCUGCUGCUGCCAGGUCCAGAGUGUGUCAUGGUCCCUGUACGGCCUCCCAUUGCUGCUGCCAGGCCCGUAAUCUGCAAUGGGCCCCCGUACCAACCUCCUCAUUAGCUGCUGCCAGGCCCGUAAUUCUGUCAUGGCCCCUGUACCGCCUCCUCAUGCUGCGUGCCAGGUCCAGAGUGUGUCAUGGGUCCUGUACCGGCCUCCCAUUGCUGCUGUCUCCAAUCGCCACACUCUGCCAUGUGCCACUUUCAGGUCUCUCCUCACACUGCUGGUGGUUUCCAUUUAUUUGUCAUAGGGUGCUGUAUGGCCUCCCAUUGCUGCUGGCCUCCUACCGCCACACUGUGGCUCCACACUCUGGUUUUGGCCCCGUGACUGCCCAAAUGAGUGAAGUGUGCGGUGAUUCUAAGAUUCGACGGCACUCAUCUGCAUGUCAUACUGACUGGUCAGUAUUAAUUUCUCUUCCCCAGCAGACUCCAAGGGCAUUUAAAUUAAAGGUACAGUGUUCAGCACUAAUAUAA